AUGGUUAAUGAGACGAUUAAUGGGAAUGCCGGAGCGGGAGCAGGGGGUGAGGCUGGUGCUGAUGCUUCUGCCACUGCUGGGGCUACGGCUACAGCUACAGCUGGGGCUGAUGCUUCUGCCACUGCUGGAGCCGGGGCCGGUGCUGCUGGUAACGCAACUGCUGGGGCUGGGGCCGAGGCUGGAGCAGCUGGUAAUGCUACUGCUGGUGCUGGUGCCGAUGCAAAUGCCGGGGCUGGCGCUGCUGCCGGAGGAGAACAAGUCACCACAAUCAUCACCACCGGUGCCGACGGUCAGGUGGCUACUCUCACAUCUACCAUCGCUGCUGCCGGAGCGGGUGCCACUGCUGGAGCUGAUGCCUCUGCCAAUGCUACCGCUGGUGCAGGUGCAGGUGCUGAUGCCAACGCUGGUGCCAGUGCCGUUGCCAGCGCAGGAGCUGGGGCAGAUGCCGCGGUGACAGUCAUCACCACCACUGAUGCCGCCGGUUCGGUAGCAACCCUCACUUCCACCUUGGCUGGCGGUGCUGCUGGAGCCGGAGCAGGAGCUGUCACAAUCAUCACAGCAACUGAUGCUGCUGGAGCCGUCGCAACUGUCACUUCUACUCUCGCUGGGGGUGACGGAGCCGAUGUUGCCGCCAAUGCUACUGCCGGAGCAGGAGCCGGGGUUGAUGCCAAUGCCGGAGCUGGGACAGACGCAGCAGCAACUGCCAGCGCCGGAGCCGGUGCCAACGCAGGAGCUGAUGCUAACGCCAGUGCUGGUGCUAAUGCCGGAGCGGCAGCCAGUGCAAAUGCUAGUGCUGGGGCUUCUGCAGGUGCGGGUGCGGGCGCUGAUGCGAAUGCUGGUGCUGGCGCUGGUGCUACUGCCACUGCUGGAGCAGAUGCUGCCGCUACCGCUACUGCAGGUGCUGGUGCCGGAGCGGAAGCCGGUGCCGGUGCCGGGGCCGGGGCCGAUGCGAAUGCCGGUGCCGGAGCAGCAGCAAACGCCACCGCUACCGCCGAUGCUGGCGCCGGUGCAGGAGCAGCAGCAACAAUCGCCACCAUCAGCACAACCGACGCCGCCGGGCAACCUACCGUCAUCACCACUACCGUUGCCCCUGGUGUCCUCCCCAAUCCGGGGGUUGUUGGCACUGGAGAUGCUGGUGCUGGUGCUGGUGCUGGGGCAGGUGCUAACGCUACGGCGGGGGCAUCAAGGGCUCUUACGACGCUCACGCAGGAGGUUACCAUCACUGUUACUGACGAGGCGAACGUGGCGGUUACGUCUACGAUUACGUUUGUGUCGACGAUUAUGGUCGCUGAUACUACGGGAGCAGGAGCAGGAUGUGAGGCUACUCCUGAGCCGGUUACGGUGACGGUUACUGUUACUGCUGGGGCGGAGGCGGGGGCGAGUGCUACUGCUGGUGCUGGAGCUGAUUCUGGGUCGGAGUCGGGAUCUGGGUCUGGAUCUGGUAGUGGUUCUGGAUCAGGAUCUGGCAACGGGUCGGGGUCAGGGUCAGGAUCGGACCCUGGCUGUGAUGUUUGUGACCAGAUCAACGGUGGUGAUAAUAAAGACAACAACGGCAAUGGUAACGGAAACGACAACGGAAACGCUAACGGCAACGGCAAUGGGAAUGGAAACGGUGAUGAUGAGCCCUGCGAUAUUUGCGACAGCGUGAAUGGCGGUGGGGAUAAUGACAACAAGGAUAACAAGGACAACAAGGGCGGUUCCAACGGCUCCGGCUCCGGCAACGCCGGCUCUGACGAUAACAGAGACGGCGGGCGCAAUGGUGGUGACUCGGGAUCUGACAACAAGGAGCCAUGCGAUAUCUGCGAGAGCAUCCACGGUGGUGACAACAAGGACGGAAAAGACAAGGGCGACUCUGGUUCUGGUUCAGAUCGUGGCAGCACCGAUGAUGGUCGUGAGAAUAAGGAUGAUAAGGACCGAGAUGGCAACAACCGUGACUAUGGAUCUGGUGGCUCUCGAGGGGGCUCUGGUGAUGAUGACCAGAACGACCGUGAUAACAAGGACAAUAAGGAUGGCAUGGACGGUAUGGACAAGGGCAAUAAGGAUAACAAGGACAAGGAUAACGGCAACGGCGAAGAUAGAGGCAGCUCUGGGUCCGGCUCUGAUAGCCCUUGCCAGCGCCCGGGAGGCGACUGCAACAACAUGGGCGGUGGCCGCGGAAACAACACAUCCACUGGCGGCACUGACUCCAAAGAAAACAAGGACAAUAAGGACAACAAGGACAACAAGGACAACAAGGACAACAAGGACAACAAGGACAAUAUGGGCAACGGAGGCAAUCGCGACGGCCAAAACGGAGAGAACAACAACGGCGAGGGCAAAGACCCCAACAGCCCAUGCAGCACCUGUAGCGAAGGCGGCUCGCAGACCACAACAGACGCCGGAUCCAACGGCGACGACGACAACAACAGGCGUCCUGCGCCCACGUCAACGGCAUCUGGUGGGGGUGAGGGAAAAGACGGUAAAGGUAGCAACGGCGGAACAGGUCCGAUAACCUCCUCCAUGACUGAUAACACUCCUUCCCCGACGAAUGCUGACACGGCUGGCAGCGCACCAACAUCAGUAUUCAAACUGACGGUAAUAUACCCGAUCGAUGCCACGACGUCGGCUGGGAACGGAACGAUACCUGCUGCUGCUGCGGCUCAGGCAGGGAUGAACGACUCGCCCAGCGUUGAAACGGCUGCCGCCGCCGCUUUGGGAGCCGAGAGCAUCGAUUUAGCUUCUUCUAGUAGCUCUGGGCCGGCGAUUGUGGUUGUUGGGAGUGGAGCGAUGAAGGAGGCUCAUCCUGGGGCUGUUUCGGCGUUGCUUCUUGGGGGGGUUGCGGUUGUUUUCUUUGUAUUUUUGUAG